UGCCGGGGCGGCGGGAUGGUGCGGGUAUUGCCGGGACUGUACGUGGGCGGCGCGGAGUCGUGCUCGACCCCGGAGUCGCUGGCGGCGGAGGGGGUGGUGGCGGUGCUAACGGUGGACGCGGAGGAGCCGCCGGCGGUGCCGGGGGUGCGGGCCAUGCACGUCCGGGCGCGGGACGAGCCGGGCGCGGACCUGCUGAGCCACUUGGACGACUGCGCUGCCUUCAUCGACGCAGCGCAGGAGGGCGGCGGUGCCGUCCUCGUCCGCUGCCAGGCCGGGGUGAGCCGCAGUGUGGCUGUGGUGACCGCCUACCUGAUGAAGACGAAGGGACUCGGCUGGGAGGAGGCGUACGCUGCUGUCAGGGCUUCCAAACCAGACGCCGAGAUAAACCCGGGUUUCCAGGGGCAGCUGAAGCUCUACGAGGCCAUGGGCUGCGCUGUGGACAGCACCAGCGCCCUAUACAAGCGGUACCGGCUGCAGGUGCUCACGGAGAAGUACCCCGAACUUCAAGACUUGCCCCGAGAAGUCUUUGCUGUUGAUCCAACCAGUAUAUGUCAAACUUCAAACACAGAGGUUCUCUACAGGUGCAGAAAAUGCAGGCGAGCAUUGUUCCGUAGUUCCAGUAUUCUGUCCCACGAGGAAGGAACUGGACCAACAGCCUUUGCCCACAAGAGGGUAACAGACUCUGCUCGGCUUUCCAGUGAUGGCCGUGAAAAGUGUACUUCUUACUUCACAGAGCCAGUGCAGUGGAUGGAGCCAGCACUGCUUGGAGUAAUGGAAGGACAGCUCCUGUGUCCCAAGUGCACGUCAAAGCUGGGCUCCUUCAGCUGGCGGGGUGAGCAGUGUUCCUGUGGCCGCUGGGUGACUCCUGCCUUCCAGAUUCACAAAAGUCGAGUGGAUGAAGUGAGGAUGCUACCAGUUGGUAACUUCCAAGCUGCCAUGACCUGAACUCAUCCCUUCCCUUGAGGGAUUUCUUAAUGUCUGAAGAGAACCGCUCUCUCCUCUGUGGAUGCCAGGAGCGAGCUUGGGACUUUCACCCCUUUGUAAUGCAGUGGAAUGACUUGAACAUCUGCUCCGUUUGAGCUUGCUCUAUCUCUAAUUUAUGAAAAAUAGCAAAACCUUCCUUCAAAGAGGUGUUAAACAGUGGUCAAAUAUAUGCAGAAAUGCCU